AUGUCUGAUUGGGACUUGUCAGAGAUGGAUGAGGAGGAGGAAGGAGAGGAGGAGGACUCGACGCCGCGUCCCCCGUUGAUUGUAAUCAAGCCGCGCCCGCCGCAAGCAACGAACACGGCACUAUCGUCAUUGGCAUGGCUUGGGAACGAGACCAUGUUAAUGGUCGUCGGCCUCCUACACGACACAUGCCCCCGCUCCGUAAGCUCUCUCGCCCUGGUGUCUUCCCACUACCAUCAUCUUGCCCGGUACACUCAACAUCGAGAGGUCGUCCUGGACAACACGACCCGCCGUAAAUCCAAUCACUCGCUCGAUAAACUAGAAUUCAUCGAGAAGAGCGGCAUCGCCGCUGCUGUUCGGCGGCUGGAGGUCCGUAAUGGCGGCAGCGACGCGUUUGAAUCCAAGCUUUGCCGUCUUCUCCCCAAGAUGACCGGUCUUACCGAUCUGACAUGGCUGGCCACCGGCGUGCCGCUGCCAGUGCUGGAGAUUCUGAAAGGCAGACCCUCGGUCCGUCUUCAUACCAUGUUUUUCCGCUUGUCCCCAAGCGACGACAAUGCGGUGGAUGUGAUUGAGCGCUUAGAAGGGAAUGAGAAUCUCGUAUCCCUCAGAGCGAUUAUCAAUUACGUUAGGGCAGCCCAGUGCGUGCGGUUUAUCAAGCCGGUGAAGCGCGUCAUCUUGUCCUGUCCCAAUCUUCGCAAGCUGGAACUUGACGUCAGCUUACCGCGAAGUGGAUGCGUCGUCUAUGGCCUGCCAGCAGAGUACUGUGGCUUCGGUUUCGUGGACGGGGAACGCCCGCCUGCGCUAGAGGAGCUCGAGUUAGGCGACUAUCCUUUCGGUUCCCGGGCGCCAGACUAUCCGUCAAUCAACUCUUACAUCAGUUUCAACCAGGGCUACCCCCUCGAAGAGACCGAAAAGGACUAUUGGGCCAACGUGUUCGACUGGUCGCGGCUUAAGAGACUCGCGACAUACGAUAUCCACUUUGCCUUGAAAAUCGUGCACCAACUAACCUCCCUUAAGGAGUUCUGCUGCAUCUGGGAUCACGGCCCUGUAAAGACCUUCUACCAGCAGGUCCCAAGCUCUUUGGAGACGAUAUAUGUCGCAAGGUGCGAGACUAUCGGCUUAGAAAACCUGCUGAGACACGGAAGCAGCCUGAAGAAGCUCACGAUACAUAAACAAGAAGACUAUGGGGGCGGUUGGCAACAGGGAACCGUCGACGCCAAGACGUUAGCCAAGAUCCGCGAUGGGUGCCCUCACAUAGAAGAGAUGACCUUGGACAUUCCUCGCAAGAAGAAUUGGCCCUACGAAGUCCUCGACAUCCUCGCGACAUUCCCUCGCCUUCGGAACCUGAAGAUCUGGUUCGAGCUCGGGAUCGGGGACAAGGACAACCUCGUGAAGCCUUACGUCCGCUUCUCGGAGAUCGAAGGGUUCUUCAACCGGUUGCGCGCGAGCGCGCCCCGGGGCACGGUCGGGAUCCGGAAGCUGGAGGUCGCAUCGGGGUCGCCGCCCGACGUGGGUCACGGCCUCCUGUCCAGCCACGCCUUCUGGCCGCAACACAACUCAACCAACUUCGUCUGCGUGCCGGCCGACCGGGAAGACGAAGCUGCCCGGGGAAUCUGCGUCGUCCGCUGCACGCUACUCAACGAGCGGCAGAACGAGUUUCUGCGCAAGGCGAGACCCGGCGUGAAGUAUCGUAAUUACCCCUUCUCCGGCCACGAUGAGGAGAGGUUUCUCGUCGCCCGUGAUGGGCCAAAGUCUUGGAGCGAAUGGAAGCCCCAUUACUAG